GCCAAAGCCCUGAAUUUAAAAAAGAGAAAGAAAUAAACAAUAACAUUUGAAAUUGAUUUGUAAAUAAAUUAAGAGAACUGAAGAAAAACAAAGAAAGAUUUUGGAAAACAAAGUGUUAUGAAGAAGCAAGGGUGUGAGGUUGAAGCAAUAGGCAUCAACUACAAGAUUUGCACAGGCACAACAGAGCAAACUUUCAAGAUCUUCAGAAAACCUCCACAACUGAAUAAUGAAGAACAUGGAGAGGCACCAGAACCAGCAGAGGAAGCAAGAACUAAUGAUCACAGAUCAUUCUGCAGCAGAGUUAGGCACAUUCUCUGGGAUGUGAACUGCGUGGCGAAGCCGUCGGAAGUUCUGGCAGUUGUUGGUCCAAGUGGGGCUGGAAAAUCAUCCCUCCUUGAGAUUCUUGCCGGCAAAGUUUGUCCGACAAAAGGGUCUAUCUUGGUGAACAAGAAACCUGUAGAUAAAGCACAGAUCAGGAAGAAUUCGGGGUAUGUAACACAAAAAGAUAUCUUAUUUCCAUUACUUACGGUUGAAGAAACAUUGAUGUUUAGUGCAAAGUUAAGGCUGAAUCUUCCUAAGCAACAACUAUGCUCCAGAGUGAAGUCACUGAUUCAGGAACUUGGUCUUGGCCAUGUUUCUAGGACUAGAGUCGGAGAUGAAAAGGUUCGUGGAAUAUCCGGUGGCGAGAAGCGCCGCGUUUCAAUUGCCAUAGAAGUAGUACAUGAUCCAAAAGUGCUGAUUCUGGAUGAACCAACUUCAGGCCUCGACAGUACUAGUGCAAUGCAGAUAAUUGGUAUGCUAAAAGUCAUGUCCGAAUCGAGGGGACGAACUAUAAUCUUCAGUAUCCAUCAACCUGGGUUCAGAAUAGUGAAAAUGUUCAAUUCAAUAUUGUUGUUAGCCAAUGGCUCUGUGUUGCACCAUGGCACUGUGGAUUUGCUAGGUGCGAAUCUAAGGUUAAUGGGUUUAGAGCUUCCUCUUCAUGUUAACGUAGUUGAAUUCGCCAUUGAGUCCAUUGAUACCAUUCAGCAGCAACAAAAAUGUGAAGAAGAUCAGCAGCAAGUGCCACAAAGAUUGCGAGGAACUGCACCACGGAAGAAAGGCAAUGAUCGAGGCGAGAGUAGAAGUGGUAGGUUUACUCUGCAGCAGCUCUUUCAACAAUCCAAGGUAACUGAUGUUGGAAUGAUAAAUGAGGAAAUGGAUUUCACUUGUGAGUUUGCUAAUUCUAGAUUGAGAGAAACUAUUAUUCUCACUCAUAGGUUUGCCAAAAUCAUUCUUCGCACGAAGGAGCUCUUCGCAUGUAGGACAGUUCAGAUGCUGAUUUCUGGGCUGGUUUUAGGCUCUGUCUUUUGUCAUCUCAAGGAAGGUCUAGAAGGAGCACAAGAAAGGGUUGGUCUAUUUGCUUUCAUACUAACAUUUUUGUUAUCAUGCACGACAGAAGCUCUACCAAUUUUUCUGCAAGAAAGGGAGAUUCUAAUGAGGGAAACCUCUAGUGGAAGCUAUAGAGUAUCAUCCUAUGCUAUUGCCAAUGCCUUAGUUUUCUUGCCAUUUCUACUCAUUCUUGCCAUUUUAUUCACAAUGCCCUUAUAUUGGCUCGUUGGCCUAAACAAGAACUUCGCAACAUUCUUGAACUUCUUGUUGAUAAUUUGGCUAAUUCUUUACACGGCGAAUUCCGUGGUGGUGUGUUUCAGUGCUCUGGUGCCAAACUUCAUUGUUGGGAAUGCAGUGAUUUCUGGUGUCAUUGGUUCAUUCUUUUUGUUCUCUGGUUACUUCAUAUCAAAAUAUGAGAUUCCUAAGUACUGGAUUUUCAUGCAUUAUGUGUCUCUAUACAAGUAUCCUUUUGAAGGCUUUCUAAUAAAUGAGUUCUCCAACUCAAAGAAAUGCUUGGAAUACAUGUUUGGGGCAUGUUUGGUAAAGGGAGAAGACGUGCUUAAAGAAAAAGGGUAUGGUGGGGAAAAUAGUAGAUGGAAGAAUCUUGGAAUGAUAUUGUGCUUUAUCUUAAUCUACAGGUUCAUUUCUUAUGUAUUUCUUAGAUAUAGAUGCUCGAAGAGCAUCAUCAUCUAACAUUAUGGUGACAUUGUCUCUGGUUCACAUGAGUUGGAUUUUUCU